CUCGAGCAUGUCUGUGUAGGCAAUAUAACUAAUCCAUUUACUGGAAAUACCGAAUGGCCCGUGCAGCCAAUGUGUUGUGUUGGUGCUCUGCACUCCAAUUUCAAUCGCAGUACCAAGGCAUGUCUGCAUGUCUCACUCGGCGUAAUGCAUCUUGAUAGGCAGUGCAGUGCGUUCUUUCUUUCAUCUUUCCAUGCCAAACGCACCACCGGAUUUCACAUCCACCGGGUUUCUCUCCACGCUGCGAAAACGGCCUUUUCAUCGUCCACGGUUGAUCCUGAACCAGCCACGGCUCCGCCAGACCCUCCCGCCGUCAGAUGCCUCGAGCGGUUAGCCGCGAAAAAAAAAGAGCGAGUGCAUUGGAUUGGACUGGGCCUCGCUGGGACUUUGUCCGCGCGCAAGCAUCAAUCAGCCUCUUAUCAGUCCACUGAGGGGCGUAUCGACAGUGUGCAAAUCCCCACUGUGCACUGUACUCUUAGCGUCGAUGUCGAUGCGGAGCUAAUGCCCAGAGGCCGUUUCCUCUGCACACCCUCUCCAGCAAGCAAAACGGGUGCAAAGUGCCUCUUGCAGAAGGGAUUCGCUUUGCAUGGAUGACGACAGCGCGCACUAAUAGCAAGUUGGUGAUGCUCAGCCUUGAUUGUUGUUGCAUUUGGAAUUGGAUGAGCUUUGCGAUGCGAAUGCGAAUACCGUACAUGUGCCUACUAUUAUCAUCUACUGGAGUCGGGACAGCGUUCUGGUAUAGAUGACGCGACAAAACGAGGCACGAGAACAAAACAGCUCACUAGCAGCAGGUAAGCAGGGCGAGUCUGGCAACUUUUUUGACGUGCGUCAAGUCGGCAUUGGGCUUCAUGCAUGCUCGGCCAUCUCUUGAUUCCCGUCUUCCGCGAUCGUGUAGGGAGUCAGGGACACCAUUGAUUUGAAAUUUGCGGCUGAGGCACGAGCAACGAGGUCGAAAUGGCCCAUGCGGGCGAGGAUUAU